CCAACCCUUUCCGCCCCGGAGGGGCGCGGAAGUCGCUGGUCGUCGCUGAUCGAAAAGCUCCCGGCUGCGGCCGGCUUUAGAAUCCGGCUGUGUCGGUUCUCCCGGUCCGGUUGUGCGUGAUGCCGGCUGCGCUCGCUCCGUGCUCCGUUCGCCUUUGCGGUGACCGUCGACUCCGGUCCCUCUCAGUCGCGGCGGUGGCAUCCUGCUCGCAACACACGCCACGGCCCGAUUCGAAAAGCGGCUGCCGCCGCCGCCGCCGGUUUUUAAUCGGAUCGUAUUUCCGGCGUGGGCGAGGGGUACUCUUUAGCUGCCGGCAUCUCGGUAAGCCUCCCCGCAGCCCACGAUUGUUCGAUCGCGUCGCGUUUGCGAGCCGCAGUGACGGUACAGCGAUAAUCUGGUAAUUAAGAGAGAAACGGUGAUUGGUCUUCUUUUCAACGAACAGGGACGUCCCUUUGUGUUGUCUCUUUUAUCAAACUAUUAAUUAUUUUCGUUGUGUACUUCAAUAGUGGAUUGCCUUGAAAAAAAAAGUGAGAGAAAAUUGAUUGGAAUAGUGCUGCGCUAAAAUCGUGACUUUUUUUUUUUUCUUCUCUCGGAAAGUGACGGCUCCACUUUGACAUUUAAAUUUGCUUAAAAUAGUCGUGAUCGAUAAGUCGGCGUCGAAUUAAUGAUCGGCAAUAAGUCUGUGUCCCGACUGACGGAGGAGACUCUCGAAACUUAUGCGCGUGUAGCCUUUCGCCUUUAAGUGCUGAUUUAAUUAUGCGAUUUGUGGAAGUUUAUGGUCGUCGGGAGGGUGGUGCGUAUAAUAAGCGGCAUUUUUCGUCGUGAAAGACGAGAGGGUACACCACGUGUGCGGGCGGAAACGGCGUGUGUGGGCACUGACGAAAGAACGAACGGCUGGUCGAGCUCUCGAAAAUUAUCAAACGCGAGCUCAUUCCCAUUCUUCUGUUACUCCACGGCGUUGCAACAUGGCGAUCUUCGAUACUUUAAAGAAAAAGUUUGACGUUGAGAUUUUUCACAUCAUGAAGAAAGUUUCUCCGUUCUACUAGCGGACAGAGCGAUGGGAUUGGCCAAAGGAUAUCCUCUGACAGGAUUAAUUGCUACACCUGAGUCAGCAAUAACGGGUACCAUGACGAGGAUGAGCCCGACCGAAGACCCAGGGACUCCUAAAGAGUGCAAAUGGGAGAGGUGACACAUCACCCAGUGAUGCGUAAACGGCGUGGAGUCGGCAGCGCCUUUCUGGGCCUCUUCGUGGGCCUGAUCCUAGGAUUCCUGAUCCUGAGCUACCGUCUGAUCGUCUUCAAUCAGCAGCAACAGGUUGCCAUUUGGACCUCCAUGCCCGGUUUACGGCCAUCGCCGAAGACAUCGCCGCGAAACAUGCCGUGGCUGAAAGACGACGAGCGGAUCAACAGCUCAACGUCGAAUCUGGUGUUUGUGGGCGUGAUGACGGCUCAGAAGUAUCUGGACACGCGAGCCAAGGCCGUCUACGAAACGUGGGGCAAGGAGUUACCCGGCAAGAUAGUCUUCUUCUCGUCGGAAUCCUCGACGGUUCCCGAAAACUGUCCGGAUCUGCCUUUGGUGCCGCUUCCGCGGGUAGACGAUACCUAUCCGCCGCAAAAGAAGUCCUUCAUGAUGCUGCAGUACAUGUGGAGCAAUUUUGGCGAUCGCUUCGAGUGGUUCUUGAGAGCGGACGACGACGUGUAUGUGAGGACAGAUCGGCUGGAGACGCUGCUGAGAUCCGUGGAUUCCAGAAGGGCGAUGUACAUCGGACAGGCCGGCAGAGGGAACUCGGAGGAGUUCGGUCUGCUAUCGUUGGAAUACGACGAGAACUUCUGCAUGGGGGGCCCGGGAGUGGUGCUGUCCAGGGAGACACUAAGGAGGAUCGUGCCGCACAUCAAGUACUGCCUGCGCCAUUUGUACACCACGCACGAGGACGUCGAGCUGGGAAGAUGCGUGAAAAAGUACGCUGGGAUCCCCUGCACUUGGAGCUACGAGAUGCAGUCGAUUCUUUAUCACAACAGCAGCGGGGCCCAGGCGUUCACCGGAAAUCUCAAGAAGAAGGAGGUUCAUCGUGCCAUCACUUUGCAUCCUGUGAAAAGUCCGCCUCACAUGUACAGGCUGCACAAUUAUAUGAGGGGACUGCGAAUACAAGAUCUGCAGCAAGAGAGGAUCCGUUUGCACAGGGACAUUUACACGAUGGCCCAGGAAUUGGGAGUGAGCCUUGAAAGCUUGAAGAACUACGAGAUAGCGGAGGAAGUACGUCUUUUUCCCGUCGAUCCUAAUUCCGAAGAUUAUCCCGGCGACACAGAUAUAUUGGGUGUGCCGGCGAGUCUUCGUUCGUACAAGCCGGCGAUGAGCGACGAAGUGAUCCCGUGGGACUUCCUCUUGAAAUUGGAAUACAGUUUGACCGAUUCUAAUCCCAGGCGACGUAUUCACAGCGACAUCAAAGAGGGCCUAGAGGAUAUCACUCGUGAGGUCAUGGCUUCCAUUAAUUCUUAUUCAAGGCAGCGGGGCCGCGUUGUCGAGGAACGGUCCGCUCUUUACGGAUACAGGAGGGUGAAUUCUUACGGAGCUGACACAAUAUUAGAUCUUUUGUUGGUCUAUCGAAAGUACCGGGGCAGGAAGGUCACUCUGCCAGUCAGAAGACACGUUUAUCUUCAUCAACAUUUUAUCGGAUUAGAGAUGCGCGAGACAGUGAAUGGCGUCGAAGUCCAACCUCGGCAGGAAUCAAACGACAAAUCUAUUCAGAAUUUUCUCCACCGUGGCUUCCUGAAUCUCAAUUUCAACUCUCAAGAGGAAGAUCCGGUGCAGAGCAAGGUCAUCAACUUUAUCCUACCUCUGUCGGGCCGCUACGAGGUCUUUCAACGAUUCCUCCAGAAUUACGAGGACAUCUGUUUGGCCAGCGGCGAGAAGACGUCUAUGCUCGUCGUGCUCUACCAGCACAAAAGCGAAAACACCUUCAACAAAACGAUAGAUCUGAUCGAGCAGCUCAAGUACAAAUAUCGCAGUGCCACCAUACAGGUUCUACCGGUCUCCGGGGAUUUUUCAAGAGCCCGAGCCCUGGACUUGGGCGCGUCGAACAUGCGGGCCGACGAUCUGAUGCUGUUCAUCGACGUGGACAUCGUGUUCACGGGUUCGGCGCUGAACAGGAUACGCCUGAACACGCUGUCGGGCCGAAGAAUGUACUUCCCGAUAGUCUUCAGCCAAUACGAUCCCAAAGUCGUUUACGGCGACGCCAGAAAGCAGGACAAGUUUACCAUAAACGAGAUCUCCGGGCACUGGAGGCAGUACGGCUUCGGAAUCGUUUCACUGUACAAGAGGGACUAUCGUACCGUGGGCGGUCUUGAUCUCUCGAUUCAGGGUUGGGGCAAGGAGGACGUGGAGUUCUUCGAAAAGGCGGUCAAGUCCGACCUCGACGUCUUCAGGGCGGCGGACAGGCACCUGGUGCACGUGUAUCACGAGAUAGAAUGCAGUAGGGAGCUCUCUAACCUUCAGUUCUCCAUGUGCAUGGGAUCAAAGGCUGACACGUACGCCGGAGUCGAGACCUUAGCCAACGUGAUUUACAGCAAUCCGAACAUACUGCACUUCGCCAAAGAGAGGAGACAGAGGAGGAUGAAUCCUGCUGGUUAAUGAUAAAUCUAUAUGCCAAAUUAGGACUAUCGGCCGUUGAGGGGCGAUACAAUUUUAUUAGAAAUCGUAGGGGAAAUUGUAAAGAUAUUUUUCUCGUUACACACUCGCCUUCGGUCGCGCGAAUGUAACACUGACGAACGGACUAUCCGAACCCUUUCGGUGCCAGAGUAUCUCGUUAGUCACCGCCCUGCUUGUGUAAAUAUGAAGUAUAGUUGUGUGAUCGCGCAGACAAAUGCAAAAUCAAUACUCUGAUAUCUUAUUGUAUGACGAAAUGUAUAUAUCGGAGCUUUAAUCGAGAAUAUAAAGUUCAAGAGUUUGAUUGUGAAACAUGAUUGGUAUUACGAUUUUCGAAGAUAGAUCUGGCGAUCGAUAAAGAUCACCAAAGUCACUGCAAGCAUGCUAAUAGAUUUUUAACGUUAAGGAAAUAUGUAAUAAGGCUUUCGUUGUUAGUUUAUGUGAUGAUAUUAUUCUUUACCGCCCAAUGAUCUUUUUUUUUAUUGAGGCUAAAAAUAGACGUGUAUCGUUUACUUUUACAGUUGCAAUUAAAUGUCGACAGUUCUAUAGGAAUUGACCGUAAUGACAUGCAUUUAUAAAAUUGUUAGCCUAGGUAGGUAAAUGUAAUAAUUAUUAUAAGUAAAUGUGAUAUUAUCGUGCCUUUAAAAUAUUAAUUUUCGCAAUUUCAUGUACUGCCAAAUGUGUAAACACACCGUUACGAUUAUUUCGAUAUAGAUGCAGAUACUUCUAAAUUGUCGCAUUGUGCGUUUCACAUUUUAUAUAUUUACACAUUAAAGGCCUCUGUCUGCAAUAAUUGGAAUAAUACUCACGCUUUACUGAAUAAAAUUCUUAUAUUAAGCAAUAACGUCAUUUUAAUAUUCGUCAUUCCUCUAAACUGAAAUAUAAAAAGUAAAUAUAUAACGUAUA